AUGAAGCAGCUCAAAGUUGUUUUCCAGAAAGGCAUGUUUUCUUCAUUCUCUAUUGAUGGAACCAUCACUUACCAACCAUGUAAUCGCAGGAAGAGGAGAUUGGAAAAAGGAGUGGGGAGGAACGAGGAAAGCAUUGAGCUGAGUAUUCUCUGCACGCCGACCGCCAGAAACACACGACAAGUUUGGUGGCAAUUCAUCAACUCCUCCGGAGGAAUAAAUAACUUUGUUGGCUUUGUGCGGAGCCGAACCACCGACUUGCAAUGUUACAAGCAAUGA